AUGAUCUCUCCCCUUGAACGCGUCCUUCACUCCAUUGCCACCAGCCGUGUAGUUCUUCACAUACGGAGAGUGGCUGGGAAUGUUGUGGAGGAACUCACUACCGAGGAAGCCGGGAUCCAGUUGGCUUCGAACGUGCUGCGUUCCGACACUGGACUUGAAAACCAAGGAAACAGGGAGCUUGAAGGAAUGUUGAGCGACCGUGAUGGCGAGACUGGUCAUCGUUAA